AUGACAUCACGGCGACGCGACGAAGGCUGUCCAAAUCCAAAGAGUACUCAAAAUGUGGCGACAAAUGCGUCCUACUUUGCCCUGAAUUCUAAGGAUGGGUCCGAUGUAUCCUUCAUGUCCUACUAUAUCCCAGGAGUCAUUGCGGACCACCUGCCGCAUAAAUUCCGAACCAGUGGAAGGAUUUUGGAUCGGAACAAUGGCGGGCGAACCGGGUGUGACGGGAACAAAGAGCAAACAACUCUCCUCAUCAGAUUGCGAGGCGAAAACGACCACCUCUUCACUGGGGUGAAGAAUUCUGCCACUGUGGCAUGGAGGACUAUACUGGAGAAGAUGGGCUUGCAGGGGACAGUCACCCCCUUGCAGGCAAGGAAAAAGUGGGAUAACCUCAAGACAAAAUACAAAGACUGCAAGUAUCCAGGGUCAGGAGAGGGUGUAAGUGGGAAGCCAACUGCUGCCACUUGGCCCUGGUAUGCCCUCAUGGACGAGGUAAUAGGACAGAGGCCGUCCAUCAGGCCCCCUGUCCUACUGUCCACUCUCCCUGAGGACACUCCAGGGCCUAGUUCAGCAGUGGCCACCGACAACAGCAAGGAAGGGGAUCGGGAUGACAAGCUGCUCAACCUCAUCAGGGAGGACAUGCAGCAGCAAAGGGAGGCAGAGGAGAGAAGGGCGCAGGAGAGCAAGGAGCGAAUGGACAGACUUUUUUCAAUCCUGGAACGUCUGAUCCCAAAAUGA